CACAACAUCUGAUAUACGAGAAUCCGAACAGAUCCAUCUAUAUCACGUGUGAUUAUCAGUUGUGAGGACUCAUCUGUGACGUAAUCGGAUGACACUGGCUGGAAUCGUCAGUCGGACGUGAGAACGGUGAGCAAUGGAAGGAACUCCCGACUCACGUGACCAGCACAUGACCAGAUGGCUUACUGAGGAAGCAGCUGAAGUACUGAGGAGGAAUGAAGAAGGGAGACAACCCACUUCUUUCUCAGCCAUACAGCAGAACUACAGUGGCCCAGUGUCUCAGGUGGACUUGACCAAUGCUUCCAAUGUCUCCGUCUCUGUUGGGGAGCAAGGAACUAAAGGAUGUCUGUCCCAAGAACGUUUCCGUCAAAAGAUGGAACACCUAAAGAAGUAUUUUGUGAACAUCCAUGCCCUCCAGACAGCCAGACAACUCCUUGAGAAACAUAGUCAUGUCAGCAUCUGUGGAGCCCCGGGGGAUGGGAAGACCAGCAUUGCUCUGAUGAUCUGUGAGGCAUAUCAGCAACAGGGAUAUGAAACAGUCUUUGUGGAAAACAUUGAACACUUUGAUGUUGAUACAAUUUCUAAGAGACAAUCACACAUGUUGGUUGUGUUUGAUGAUAUAUUUGGCUGUGUUACUUUCAUUUCAAAUCUGGAAAAACUGCAUAAAUUGUUUAGUGCUUUGGUUGAUGAUCGUGCUAAAACAGCUGCAGAUAUAGAGGUUUCAAAGAAGAAGAAGAAGAAGAAGGAUGAACAAUCAAAACACGAAGACAAAUCUAAUGAAGAAAUCCCUGUCUACAGACUCAAGCUUGUGUUCACAUCCAGGACAUACAACUGGAAGGAAGGAUGUUCCAGACUACAUCAGUACAAGGUGGAUCUGCUUACAACAGAAGCUGUUCUUGAUAUGGCUAAAGACUGUCUCACGAUGGAAGACAAGAAACGUAUGUUAUGGUCCUACAAGUCCAAACACCCUGCAUGCGAUAUCUCUGAAAAAGAUAUUUGUAUCAUCGCAGAGUCAAAACACAGCAUAUUUGGAUUUCCUCUGAUCAGCAGACUGUUUUUCACCAAUGCUGUCUUCCAGAUGCACAAACUGCAAUUCUUCAACCAUCCACUGACCUACCUGAGAGGCGACCUUGACACCAUUGUCCGGGAGGAAAGCAAUAGAUCGGCAGCAAUCAUCAUCCUCAUCCUGUCUGAUGGGAAACUUAAUCUUGUUUCUUUGCAGUCACGGAAAGCUGGACAUGAAAUGUUUGACGCUGUCAAGGAAGUAGUUCCUUGUUGUACAAGGACAGGCAUUGCCAAUGAGAUCAGCAACUUUACUGGGAUCUACUGUACAGUGGAGGAUCACGUGGCAUCUUUCUCCCACCCCUCCAUAUACGAUGCUGCAGCCUGUGCUGUAGGACAUCUCGAUAUCGUGUUGCUGCUGGAACACUGCUCGCUGAAGUUCUUGUAUGAAAGAGUGAGACUGGAUAAGAGUUCUGAGUCGUCAAGUAUGGACGAUGUCACAAACAUGAUCACCAUCACUCCCCAACUACACCCAACAGUAGUGAACAGAUUGGUGGAAGGUAUCCGACAAGGAUGCUUCAUUUGGACAGUAAAACACCCAGUUCUCCGUGAUGAAAGGAUUGCCUCUCUACUUUGGACAGAGAUUAAUGAUAACAUACUUGAGACUGUCCUGCGAAGGGAUGUGGACACUGCUGAAGGCUUUUUGUGUUUGACUUCCCUAUCUAACAGUUACUUUCUAUUUUCCAAGUCUUUAGAAGUUGCUGUACGUCUGGGUGACAGAGCACCUGAUCUGUAUGCAUGUGUUGUAGCCUGUGUUACCCAUGACAAACUGGAACAUCUGGAACAUCUCGUUACAGUGAUGUGUAACCAUGGAGGAUUUAAUGUUGAAUAUGCCAUCGAUGGGACAACCCUCAUGAUCAUGGCUGCAAAGUCCCGAAAUCCUAAAGUGUUCAGCUUUCUCAUCCAGAAAGGUGCUGAUAUUUCAGUGAGGGACUGGAAAGGAAACACCUGUUUGCAUUAUGCCUGUGAAUCAGGAAGCAUAGCAUUGGCAGCCAAGGUGGUGGAAACAUGCCCUGUCUUGAUUAAUUUGAUGAAUUAUCAGAAUUUCACGCCUGCAAUGAUUUGUGCUAAAACAGGUUACCUUGAUAUUCUGAAGUUCCUCAAAGAAAAAGGAGCCGAUUUAACAUGUACAUACGGGAAAGACUGUUUACAUUUGUCAAGUGAAAAGGGCAAUCUGUCAACAGUGAACUUCUUAAUUUCAUUGAAAAUAUAUGAUGUAAGCAAGAGGGAAAGUACAUUAAUGCAAACCCCAGUUAUGUUUGCCGUGGCCGGAGGGCACUAUGAUGUUUAUCAUCUCCUUGUAUCUGAGGGCGCAGAUCUGACCCUUACUAAUAGAUACGAUGAAGACUGCCUGAUGUUGGCAUGUGAAGGAGGUAACGUAUCUAUUGUGAAACACAUCCUAUCCAUGAAAACAUGGGACAUCAACAGUUGGGGAAGAUACUACAGCACAACACCACUUACGACGGCAUUAAAAGGGGGACACUAUGAUGUUUAUAAUCUCCUUGUAUCUAAGGGCGCAGAUCUGACCCGUACUGAUAUAGACAACACUGACUGCCUUAUGUUCGCAUGUGCAGGUGGAAACAUAUCUAUUGUGAAACACAUCCUAUCCAUGAAAACAUGUGACAUCAACAGACGGAGAAGAUACUCAAACCUAACACCAAUAAUGAUGGCAUUACAAAAUGGACACUCUGAUGUUUAUCAUCUUCUUGUAUCUGAGGGCGCAGAUCUGACCCUUACUUAUGAAGACAACACUGACUGCCUUAUGUUGGCAUGUGCAGGUGGUAACAUAUCUAUUGUGAAACACAUCCUAUCCAUCAAAACAUGGGACAUCAACAGACGGGGAGGAAAGUCAAACCAAACACCAAUACUGAUGGCAUUAGAAGGUGGACACUAUGAUGUUUAUCAUCUUCUUGUAUCUGAGGGCGCAGAUCUGACCCUUACUGAUGAAGACAACACUGACUGCCUUAUGUUGGCAUGUGCAGGUGGUAACAUAUCUAUUGUGAAACACAUCCUAUCCAUGAAAACAUGUGACAUCAACAGACGGGGAGGAUACUCAAACCAAACACCAAUAAUGAUGGCAUUAGAAGGUGGACACUCUGAUGUUUAUCAUCUUCUUGUAUCUGAGGGCGCUCAUCUGACACUUACUGAUGAAGACAACACUGACUGUCUGGUGUUGGCAUGUGCAGGUGGUAACAUAUCUCUUGUGAAACACAUCCUAUCAAUGAAAACAUGUGACAUCAACAGACGGGGAGGAGACUCAAACCAAACACCAAUAAUGAUGGCAUUAGAAGGUGAACAGUAUGAUGUAUAUCAUCUCCUUGUAUCUGAGGGCGCAGAUCUGACCCUUACUGAUAAAGACAACACUGACUGCCUGAUGUUGGCGUGUGAAGGAGGUAUCAUACCUAUUGUGAAACACAUUCUGUCCAUCAAAACAUGGGACAUCAACAGACGGGGAGGGAAGUCAAACCAAACACCAAUAAUGGUGGCAUUAAGAAGUGGACACUAUGAUGUUUAUCAUCUCCUUGUAUCUGAGGGCGCAGAUCUGACACUUACUGAUAAAGACAACAAUGACUGUCUGAUGUUGGCAUGUAAAGGAGGUAACCCAUCUCUUGUGAAACACAUCCUAUCCAUCAAAACAUGGGACAUCAACAGACGUGGAGGAUACUCAAACCAAACACCAAUAAUGAUGGCAGUAACAUGUGGACACUAUUUUGUUUAUCUUCUCCUUCUAUCUGAGGGCGCAGAUCUGACACUUACUGAUAAAGACAACAAUGACUGUCUGAUGUUGGCAUGUAAAGGAGGUAACCCAUCUCUUGUGAAACACAUCCUAUCCAUCAAAACAUGGGACAUCAACAGACGUGGAGGAUACUCAAACCAAACACCAAUAAUGAUGGCAGUAACAUGUGGACACUAUUUUGUUUAUCAUCUCCUUGUAUCUGAAGGCGCAGAUCUGACAGUUACUGAUGCACACAACAAUGACUGCCUUAUGUUGGCAUGUGAAAGAGGUGACAUAUCUAUUGUGAAACACAUCUUAUCCAUGAAAACAUGUGACAUCAACAGACGGGGAGGAUACUUUAACCAAACACCAAUAAUGAUGGUGUUAGAAGGUGGACACUAUGAUGUUUAUCAUCCCCUUGUAUCUGAGGGCGCAGAUCUGACCCUUACUGAUGAAGACAACACUGACUGUCUGAUGUUGGCAUGCCAAGGAGGUGACAUAUCUGUUGUGAAACACAUCCUAUCAAUGAAAACAUGUGACAUCAACAGACGGAGAAGAUACUCAAACCAAAUGCCAAUAAUGAUGGCAGUAGAAAGUGGACACUAUUAUGUCUAUCAUCUCCUUCUAUCUGAGGGCGCAGAUCUGACCCUUACUGAUGAAGACAACACUGACUGACUGAUGUUGGCAUGUGAAACAGGUGACAUAUCUUUUGUGAAACACAUCUUAUCCAUGAAAACAUGUGACAUCAACCGACUUGGAGGAUACUCAAACCAAACACCAAUAAUGAUGGCAUUGAAACGUGGACACUAUGAUGUUUAUGAUCACCUUAUAUCUGAGGGCGCAGAUCUGACAACUAAUAGAUGACACUAACACAAUUUGCGAUGUCGUUACAUGUGAAACACUGUAAGUUUGUGAUCUUGUCUUAGGUGUGCAGAUAUGACCUUUACUGAUGAACCCAACAGAAACUGUCUGCCAUGCAUGGGAGGAAACAUACCUGGAAGCUGAAUAUCUGUAUAUAACACUGUGUCAUGGUGUACGUGACAUUGUAGUAUACUAUCGUGUUAUACUAUGGCAUUGUUUAGCUGUGGUGUAAAUGUCAUAUAUAUAUAGUUGUGUAUUGCUGCAUGUACCAGCGUAUAGGGUUGUAGAGGUGUAUAUAGCAUGGUACUAUUUUCAAGUAUUGUAACCUUAGUGGAUUCUGGUAUGAAUGUAUGCAUGACAUAUUGCAUACACUGUAUGACAUGAUGUUUUACACUGUGUACGCUACCCGACUGAUGUAACCGGGCACUGGAUAAGUGGGAACCACAGCACUGUGUAAACAGCAUUGUACAGUGCUGAAGGGUUAUCUAUUGUAGGCAUUUUAAAGGAAUGAAUUCUUUAGCUUUAUAUAUGAUGCAGUGUGUUAGGUUUUGGCAAAAAUUCUCCUUGUCUUUGUUUUCCUGUUCAGUUUGGUUUACCUAGUUACACAAAUUUUCGAACCAGCGGGCUUUGUUUUAGAAUUUUGGUUCUUGUGGAUUUUUCUGGUUUUCGUUAUUUAUAUUGCCUACUGUUACAAGGACAGGAAAAUGGUCGCUUCCCAACGGACUGAAAUGCUUUUGAGACAGGGUACAUUGAGCGAGCUCCGGGUGCAGAUAAUAUAAUCGCUAACAGACAUAGUUCAGUGCUGACUGUCAUACCUAGUUGGUUCAAUCUUAAAAAUAUACGUCAAUCACAAAACUCACUUGAAAAGCUUUUAAUUUUUACUGCAUGAUAUAUACUUGCUAAUAAAAGUACAGAAAUUCC